AGCAGUGUGAUAUUCCCUUGUACCAGUUGUAUUUUACUGUCUGCAAGUUUAUUUUAUUUCCUUUUCUUCUAAAUAUGCUUAUUCCACAGUAUAUUAUGCGAUUUCCGUAGGCUGUAUUUUCGGCCACCCUGAGCGAUUGAAAAUUCUGUAAGGCGGUCAGUUACCAUCACAUGACAGCUACCUCACGUGGGCCCUCCUUCCUAUGACGUCUACUGCAUGGAGCUACAAUUGAAUAGUUCUCUAGCUCCCUUGUGAUAGCUUCUUGCUCUAGUCCUCUUCAAACAUGCUGUAAUUUGCGAUAUAUUAACUAUCCCCUACAGUUUCAAUAAUGACCACAUCCCCAACCACAGCUGGGGAUAACCCUGGCACUUCAUCCUCCUCAACCUCAUCUCCAGUUCCAACCUCCAAGCAAGACGACGGUGAACCACCAACCACCUCAGCAACAUCGACCGCACCACCUUACUCCCCAAUCUACGCCACAGCCCAACCGGCCAGUCUGCCUUUACACCCAGUCCCAGCACCAACCGAUCCCCCAGCAGCACCUAUACACCAACCCCCAGAACCGGCCACCACAACUAACGCCGCGACCACAACUACUAAUACCUUACCUCCACCCCCUCAACCCGGCGCUCAACCACAUCCUCCUCCACCAGAAACUCAACAAUCAAAAGACUCCUCUCCCUCAAACCCUCCAACCCCCAAACCAGCCGACACCCAACAAGCACAAUCACCAAUCGCGGCAAGUACCCAACCUAACCCUACCACUCUUCCUCCUAGUACUAUCACUACUACUCCCUCCUCGUCCAACACCAACCCAACCACCCCCAGAUACGGCUACGGCUACAGCUCCUCCUCCCCAUCCCAUCUAACCCAACGCCACCACCACCAAUCGCACGUCCCGAAUUCAACAACGACUCCCUACGCCUCCCUCUACCAACCGCCCACUAGUACAACCAGUACAUCUAUCUCGGGGCCUUCGUCCCAGCUACCACUCCACUUUGCAACGACCAAUACAGCGGGAUCGACGGGUGAACCAGGGUUCCUGGACAAUGCGAAGGCGUGGCUCUGGAGCGCGGGGAAUAAGUUGGCGGAGGUGGAGGCGGAGGUUUGGAGGAGGAUUAAUGAUGCUCAUGAUAAGUAGGUUGCGGUGAUCGUGUACUUGUGGGGAUGAGGAUGAUCUACUAGUAGUAAUCCGGGGGUGGGGGAUCCUUACUGUGGAAAUUCUGGCCAUUAAUCGGGAUGGGUGUUUUAUUUGGUUUGUUUGGAAAUAAAUCUCUGGACCCAGUGCUAGUACUGUUGCUUUGAUGGGAUUGGUUGGGAUGGAUGUAGUUCUUUGCUUUACUGUGACUUGUGCGUUGAGAUUAUUGGUUGCUUAUAUUAGUUUAUUCUUGUGUUCUAGGCAUGCAAUGGUUACUAGGAUCAAUAAUAGAGCUAUGGUGUU